AUGGCGCUUAAACGGAUUAACAAGGAGCUCAAUGACCUGAGUAAGGACCCGCCCACAAACUGCUCGGCGGGCCCCGUGGGCGAUGACCUCUUCCACUGGCAGGCGACCAUUAUGGGGCCUGAGGACAGUCCUUACAGCGGCGGUGUCUUCUUCUUGAAUAUACAUUUCCCCUCAGAUUAUCCGUUUAAACCCCCGAAGGUGAACUUCACCACCAAAAUCUACCACCCCAACAUCAACGGCCAAGGGGCCAUUUGCCUCGACAUCCUCAAGGACCAAUGGUCACCUGCGUUGACCAUUAGCAAAGUGCUGCUGUCCAUUUCGUCGCUGCUCACAGACCCCAACCCCGGUACGAGGGUUUAG